UACAAAUGUCUGUAUAUAGAUUGGUUUUGUUGAUUUAUCUAUCACACAAACAUAACACAACCAAAAAAUGAAACGUUAUUAGUUGUUCAAGUUUUACAACUUAAUUUAUUUUCAGCUUUCAAUAUAUUUUUACUGUACAGUAUAAUUUUAACCCACAAUAGUAAACAAAAGUAUAACUGUUUAUACUUAUUUAUAUAGUGUAUUGCUUGCAAUUUUAGAAGGCAUGUUUUAUAUUUUUCAUAUAUUGCUAUUAUAUUUAUACGCUUCCGUUAAUUACACGUUUGCUGAAGAAUAUUCAAAAGCAGAAAAUAAUAAACAAGAGGUGCUGUUAUGUAGAAAGUGUGGAGCUGACGUUGCAGAUUCUUAUUACCUGUUUAGUAAAUUAAGCCCAGGAUCACGUAAGACUGAAAAACAAAACUUGUUUGGGAAACAAAAUGUUACAGUACAAACAUUAGUGAAUCCUUUUGGAGUAAAAUUUGAAAUAGUUACAACAGAGAAAGCAAGAUGUGAUAACAUAGGACCUCGUCAAGGUGCUGACUCUUGGUACCCGGGCUACACAUGGCGCAUAUGUACAUGUCCUCAUUGUGGACAACAUCUUGGUUGGACAUUUGACAGUUCUAAAAACUCUGAGGUUGGCAAUGACAAAUCUCACACUCAAGAACAGUCAUUUCAUGGACUAAUACUGAGUAACAUUCUUGGAGAAAAUUUUACAGAUUCAUUGAUAAUGAUGCCGAAAAUAUACAAAAUGUAAAAUAUUGCAGACUAUAUAAUUUUAUAAAAUAAUAUUUCUAUUUAAAUAAAAACAAUGUUAUA